AUGGGAUGCAUAUCCACCUUGAGAAACAUAGCCAUCGGCGUAAGUUCCGUCGUAAGUGGUCACAGACUUGUUACAGUAUUGUUCGUUGUCAUCUUCACAACGUCUGCAGCUCAAACAAGAGAAAGCUUGUGCACCCAAACCAACUCUGUCACCAACCUUGUGAUGAGUGACCUUUGGUCCAACGUGAACAACCUUACCAAUGAUCUCAUGUCCAACAAUUUGUGGGAGCUUGAUCUCACCCCAACCUUCGCCACCCAUGGCAGUCAUGAUGUCGGAUCCACAAAGGCCGCAACACUCAAUUUCAAUGUCAAUGUCAUGGUCGUCCAACUUCUUUGGCUUAAAGGUGAUGUACUUUGGCUUGUUCCAAUCUUUGGUGUCAAGCACAGCAAAACCAGCGAAUUCUUCAGGGUAUUUCACAGCAGCACUCAUUUUCAAUGA